AUGUCUAUCGCAUCGACGAUCAGCCUCGAGGUCGAGUAUCAGACAGGUAGGUCGGCUCCUCACAAGUGCACCAUCUGUGAGCUGCCCGGCUACAGCGAAAUGGACUGUAUCUUCGUUCUGAAGUCUAUCGAGGGCAACUGCUCCAAGCAAUACACGCGCAAAAGCUCCUUUACUAGCAUCAAGGUCGUGUCUGGCAAGUUGGUUGCUGGAGUGAAUGGCAACGAGGCAGAUUCGACGACGAUCAAGGAUUCUUGUCUGAUUGAUGCGAAGUUUUGCGAUGUGUACAAGGGGUUACGAGUGGUGAGCCAACGAAGGCGCUGA